GCCAAUGGGACCGGGAGGGCGGGGCAUGGGGGCGGUGGCGCGGGAGGGACCAUGCAGCGAAGGCGCCACCGAGGCCUCAGCACUGCAGGGGGUGCAGGGAGGAGAUCGGAGCCAGGGAACCCCCCCCUCGCCAGCGACUCGGAGGACGACGAGCUGCCCUGGGGCCCUGCCCUCGGAGACGCUGCCUCGCCCCGACUCGUGCCGGAGAGCGACGCGGAGGAGCCGGACGUGCGCCCGGAUGUUCGCCCCCCACGAAAACGCCGCCACGCCCCCGCACCAGGUCACCAUCCAGAUGUGUCUGCGCCCGGCCUGGAGGCGGACAUCAGAGGACCCAAAAAGCGCCGUUUUGACCCCCAAAACGCCCCGGAGCCGGAUUCGGGGAGAAAAAUAGCUAUUGCAAAUGUUCGGCCCCAAAAGCGCUCCCUGGACCCCAAAAAGGUUGCGGAUCCAGAUGUGAAACAUCUGGAAGGCAGCAACCCGACUCUCGAUGUCGGGAGUGAUGCAGGUGUCCAGGCGCUCCAAAAAACGGCUCUUUUUCGCCCAAACCGUCACCGGACUGCCCCGGAAGUGAGCAGUAACCCAGAUGUGCAGGAAAGGGGGCCAAAUCCAGAUGUUGGGGAUGCCAAAAACGCACGGCGGAUGCUGGUGGUGGACAGUGACACAGAUGUGGAGGAGGCUGAGGUCCUUCCAGAUGUUGGGUGCCCAAAAGUACGUAGAAAGGACCCCAAGAUGCAAAAAAAACCAUGUGUGGAGAUGGAGAUCCCAAAUCCAGAUGUUGGGGGUCCCAAAAAUGGAUGCCGGACCCUUGUGGACAGCGAUACGGAUGUGGAGAUGGAGAGCUCCAACUCAGCUGUUGAAGGGCCCAAAAACGGACACCAGAUGUUCAUGGUGGACAGCGAUACAGAUGUGGAGGAGGAUAGAGCCAAUCCAGAUGUUGGAUGCCCCCAAACCCAUCGAAAGACCCAAAAUAUACCCAAAAGCCAGAAGAUUGAGAUGGGUCCUAAUGAUGCAGCUGUUGAAGGUUCACAGAAGGGACGUCGGGUACUUGUGGUGGACAGCGAUACAGAUGUGGAGGAGAACGGAGGCAAUCCAGAUGUUGGAUGCCCUAAAACCCAUCAGUCAACCCAAAACACACCGAAAAACCAAAGUAUUGAGGUGGAGGCACGAAAUGCAGAUGUUGAAAGUUCACAGAAGGCUCAUGGCGUCCUCAUGGUGGACAGUGAUACAGAUGUGGAGGAGGCCUCUUCAAAUCCAGAUGUUGAGCAUCCCCAAGGCCGCAGAAGAGCCCCCAGAGACCCAGAGGUGAGGACAGAGACCACAAACCGCGCUGCUGAAGGAUGGCGGGCUCUCCUGGUGGAGAGCGAUACAGAUGUGGAAGAGGAUGUUUCCGAUCCAGAUGUUGGGGCUCCAAAAACCCAUGGAGCAACCCAAAGUGUACCCAGAAACCCAGGCGUGGAGAGGCCAGAUCCACCCCGAAAGGAGCACUGGACGCUUGUGGUGGACAGCGAUACAGAUGUGGAGGAGAAUGAAGCGAAUCCAGAUGUUGGGGGUAGAAAAAUCCACAGAAUUACCAAAAACCCCUGCAAAGAUCCAGAUGUGGACGUGACGAACCCAAAUCCAGAUGUUGCAACUCUCCCAAAUGAGGGUCGGAACCUGGAAGUGGACAGUGACACAGAUGUGGAGGAAGAAGACCUGACCCAACGUGGUUUUUGCCUGAAAAGCCUCAGAACACCCCAAACCACCCAGAAAGACCCAACGGUGGUGAUGGAGACCCCGAAUCCAGAUGUUUGCGGCCUCAGCCGUGGCUCGGUGACCUCCAAUGGCGACAGCGAUACAGAUGUGGAGGACCUCACUGCCUUUCCCAACGCUGGAGCUCCGAAACCGCAUGGGACAGCCCCUGAGGUCACGGAUGCGGUUGCUAAGAUGGCCGCUGCUCCAGAUGUUGACCCCGAAGGGCCGACACGGACCAAUGAUGAUCCAGAUGUGACGGUGACAAUCCCAACUCCAGGUGUUGGAGCCCCCAAAGCCCAGUGCCCGGUCCUGAAUGUGGACAGUGAUACAGAUGUUGAGGACAACGGUGUCAUUCCAGAUGUUGGGGCAGCGCAAGGGUGUCGAGGGGCACCCGGCCACCCAGAUGUGGCUGUGAUGUCCCCAAAUCCAGAUGUUUCCUCUUCCGUGAGCCCCCGGAGCGGCAGUGACACAGAUGUGGAGGAGGUGGCCCCCACUCCAGAUGUUCGGGGCCUCCGGAGUCGAAUCCGGACCCGAAAUCGGCCCCAUCCAGAUGUUGGAGGCCCCGCCACGGGCAGCGAUACCAGUAUGAAGGAGCCAGACCCCAAACGGUGGGAAUCGCCCCCAAAACGGCGCAGUUUGUCCCCAGAAUCACCCGGUGACGCAAGCGCGGAAGGGACAGUCCCAAGCCAUCAGGACUCGGCCCCGAAUCCGGAUGUGGAGGCCCCGAAUCCAGAUGUUGGGGCCCAGCGGCGCGACGGGGAGCCCCCGGCGAGGGGCGGGGAUCCGGCUCUGCCGCCGGGGGUUCCCACCCCCGAAUCCCCACGUCCGGCCCCGAAUUUGGGUGUCACCGGUGAUGCCGAGGCCACCCCCGGAAGGGCCGCGGAUGCCACGGUGACAGAGAGUGACACCGAGGAAGACCCCGAGCUCUUCCUGGAGCCCACCCAGAGCUUCUUGCCACCGGCGACCAAGGGCGCAGCCCCAGGCUGGGACCCUGAGGAACCCACCCAGCGCUUCUUCCUCCCCAAGGAGAAGGAGGAGGAGGAGGAGGAGGAAGAGCAGCCGCCUCUGGAGCCCCCCCGGGGCCCCCCCCUGGACACCAGGAGCCCCCCCGGAUGCCUGGGUCCCCAGCGGGGCUCUCCUACAAACAUCGGGGACAAAGAAACAGCUCCAGGCUGGGACCCUGAGGAGCCCACCCAGCUCUUCUUCCUCCCCAAGGAGAAGGAGGAGGAAGAGGAGGAGGAGGAGGAAGAGCAGGCCCCUCCGGAGCCCCCCCAGGCUCCCCCGGACACCAGGGCCCCCCCCGGACGCCUGGGUCCCCAGCGGGGCUCUCCUACAAACAUAGCUCCAGGCUGGGACCCCGAGGAGCCCACCCAGCGCUUCUUCCUCCCCCAGGAGAAGGAGGAGGAGGAGGAGGAAGAGCAGCCCCCUCCGGAGCCCCCCCAGGCUCCCCCAGCCACCAAGAGCCCCCCCGGCCACCUGGGUCCCCAGCGGGGCUCUCCCACAGAUGCAGCCCGGGGUUGGGACCCCGAGGAGCCCACCCAGCGCUUCCUCCCCAGGGAGGAAGAGGAGGAGGAGGAGAAGAAGAAGGAGGACGAGGAGGAGGAGGAAGAGCAGCCCCUUCUGGAGCCCCCUCGCACCCCCCCAGACGCCUGGACUUCCCCUCCAGGCACCAGGACCCCCCCCGAACCCCUGAGUCUCCAGCGGGGCUCAACCACAGGCGCAGCCCAGGGUUGGGACCCUGAAGAGCCCACCCAGCGCUUCUUCCUCCCCAGGGAGGAGGAGGAGGAGGAGGAGGAGGAAGGGCAGCCCCCCCCGCAGGACCCUCCGGAUGCCUCCGUGGAUGCCUUGGUCCCCCCGGCGGAACCGGUGACGGUGACACCAGCCCAAGAGGGGACAGGGACUGGAGCAGCCCCCGGCGGGGAGGUCCCGGAGGGGCCCCGCCGCAGCCGGCGCCUGGCCGGGAGCCGAGGGGGCGGAGCCACGGGGGGCGUGGCCUCGGGAGGGGGCGGGGGCAGCGGGGUGAGGGGCGGGGCGACCGCCGGCCCCGCCCCCGUGCGGCGCAGCCCCCGCCUACAGCCCCCGCCCCCAACUCCACCGGAGCCAACGACGGCGAGGGGGCGGGGUCAGGUGGAGCCACGCCCCCCGGGCAAACCACGCCCCCCGGCUAAGCCACACCCCCCGCGGGCCAGCCCCGCCCAUCCGCAGGAGGAGGAGGAGCCACCAGAGGUCACCGGGCACCGGCUCCGCCCCCAGGGAGGCCCCGGCUCCGCCCCCCCCAAGGUGCUGUUCACGGGGGUGGUGGCCUCCCCAGAGAUGGAGGUGGCCCUGAGGACACUGGGGGGGUCCAUGGCCACCUCCGUCUUCGACUGCACCCACCUGGUGACCGACCGCGUCCGACGCACUGUCAAGUUCCUCUGCGCGGUGGCCCGCGGCGUCCCCAUCGUCACCCCUGAGUGGCUCCACAAGAGCUCCCGCAGUGGCCGUGUCCUGGUGCCGGGUCCCUUCCUGGUGCGUGACAGCCAGCAGGAACGUCACUUCGGCUUCAGCCUGGCCCAGGCCCUGCGCCGCGCCCGCCGCCACCCCCUGCUCCAGGGCUACGAGGUCCACGUCACCCCCAACGUCCGCCCCGAGCCUGAGCACAUGAGGGACAUCGUCACCUGCAGCGGUGGCACCUUCCUGCCCGCCAUGCCCCACACCUACGCGCCGCGGCGGCUGGUGAUCUCGUGCGCGGCGGACGCGGGGUGCUGGGCCCCGGCGCUGGGCGCCCGCUUGCCCUUGGCCUCGGCCGAGCUGCUGCUGACGGGGCUCCUGCGCCAGCGCCUCCAGUUGCCCCCCUUCCUCCUGCCCCCCCCCCGACGGGACCCCCCCGCAAAGGCCUCCUACCCCCCCCCCCACUACUACAGGACCCUCCUCACCCCCCCCGGCGCCGCCCCGGAGCCCCCCGCCGCUGCCGCCUCCCCCCAGGGGGUGGGGGGGGGGGUGACGACCCGUGGCAGGAGCCGACGACCCCCCCUGGAAACCCCCCGGGACCCCCCCGGCACCCGGAGGCGGCCGGCGGCCCCCCCCACCCGCUAA